AUGGCGGCCAUUCCUCCUCUGGCAGAGUCGGCCACGACUGCUGGCCACAAAAUCUCGGCCUUCUUCCAGUCUCUCAUCCUACUUUUCCUCGACACACUCCACCGGGCCAUCAACACCCUCUCUGGUAAUAAACAAACCAGCCCGACUCCUUCAACCACCGGUCCCGGCGAACCGCGCGAGACUGACGAGAUGGCGGCGCCUAAUCCACCAAAUAAACCCUCGAAUCUCAAGAUCGUGCCAGCUCUACCCUUGCUUCCUCCUCGGCCUGCGACAAAAGAGAAUGACCCCUCCUCGAAGCAGCCCAAGCGGAAGCCCGGUUCGAUGCUGUCGCAGCAAGAGCCGGAGACUCGCGUUGUCGAUGCCAUGGCUCGGCUGGAGCUCACCACUACCCCUCAGCCAGGGAUGCCGAAACCUAGCAUCCCAGUCGAUGGUGUGAUGACUGGCGAGAAUGCUGUUCAUGCUGCGUUCAUGCGCGAGGCUCUCGAUAUGGCUAGGCUGGCAUUACGGACCAACGAGACCCCUGUGGGCUGCGUAUUUGUUUAUCAGGGACGAGUUGUUGCUAGGGGCAUGAAUGCGACCAACGUCACCAGAAACGGAACUCGACAUGCCGAGCUCAUGGCCAUUUCCGCGCUUCUGUCUUACGCUCCCGGAGCAGAAAUGAAGCCCAGAACGACAGACUACCCAUCGAAGCAGCCUUUGGCCGACAAAACCAAUAAACCAAAAGUCACUCGUGGUGCUUGGGGCGAUGUUGACCCCAAGGAUGGCCAUAUUUACCCGUAUGGGCAAAAGCUCCACCCCUCGCCUCGAGUGGAUCGGACCAUAUUCUCUGAGUGUACCCUCUACGUCACGGUUGAGCCCUGUGUUAUGUGUGCCUCCCUGCUUCGACAACUUCGCAUCAAGAAAGUCUACUUCGGCGCCGUCAACGAUAAGUUUGGUGGCACCGGCGGUGUCUUCCGCAUUCAUCUGAACUCGACCCCCAUCAACUCCAAUGCUUCCGGCACGCCACCUUUUACGAGGCAAGAUGAGAGGCAGGAUUUCGGACCGACCCUGGAGAAUCAGCCAACACCAUUGCAUGCCAUCGCCGGCGGGAAUGGUUUAUACGGUGAUGCCAAGGGUACCAACGGCAACACCACGAAGGUACUAAGUGAACGGCCAGCCGCCGAAGGAGAUGGAGGUAACGUCGAACCCGGAUACGAGGUCGAGGGUGGCUGGGGUCGUGACGAGGCUGUCACCUUGCUGAGGCAGUUUUAUGUGCAGGAGAACAACAGGGGUAAGUAA